AUGCAAUUAACCCUAUGUCAAGAGAAUUAUGUGUCUGGGAACAAGAAUAAUACUGGCAAUUCAUAUGACUCCGUGUCGAUAAAGAAUCAAAAAGAUGAUACAGCACUUUCUUUUAAUAAUUUUGAUCAAACGGAAAUGUUAGAUCAACCGAAUUCUUAUCAAUCAAUUUCAACUUCUCUUGAAUAUGAUGCUACUUAUAAAGUUGAUACAACUUUGAAUUUUCAAAAAAAUUCUUUAAAGAAGUGUUUACGUGCAAAUUGUACUAACUUACGUUACGUAGAAAAUGGAAGAUUACACGAUUUUUGCGGACAAACUUGUGCAAAAAUGAUUUCUCUAUGCGCUCACCCGAAAUGUUUUAACCGUUGUUAUAUUGAAAAUGAUGGAAGAGUCCAUCGUUAUUGUGGAAGAUCAUGUGCUAGAAAAUGUAUUUUAAUAAAAACAAACGAAAAGACUACAAAAUUGUCAUGGACACCUUUCACUUCAGAUUACUUAUCUUCUUCCUGCGAAAACCUUCCGUCUCACGAACCCCGUAAAUUCUAUCUUGUAGAACAAAAAUCCAGAGAAUUGACAAUUUUCAUAUGGCGCUACUUGACAUAUGCAACGAACGCUUCAAUAUCUUGGGAUGUCCCAAAGGUUACGCACCAUGCUGGUUUUGGAAUCUUCAGUCUGAAGAACGGAACACCUGGAACACCUGUGCAAAUGACCCACCUUAUUAUUCAUAAGGCAGGACAAGUUUGGUGGCUUCGAUUUCCGGACGAAGGUCUAGGUUAUUACUGGUUUGUUGGCCUCAAAACUUUUCAUAGUCUCUUUGAUAUGACUAUGGGUUCACCUGCAAAAUCUUUGAACCUACAUACGGAAUAA